UCCCGAAUUCGGUGAACGCGCAUUUCCGAGCGGUCGAUCCGCGUACUAAAACACGCGACGCACCCUUCCCUUACAUCUGCGCUACAACAUCUUCAUCCACCCGUUGGAGAAUAAAGUGUGGAGCGAGCAGAAGGAAAAAGUCGGUCGUGUCCUAGAAUCGUCGCUGUCGCAACAUCAUCGCACUUUGAAAGGUGCGAGAGACGCGAGGAGUAUCAGUUGCUGCCGCCGCUUCUUUUCUUGUUGAAUCGGAUUCCAGAAGAAGACUGCUCAAAAUUCCACCUAUAAUGUCGCUCUCAGAUGAAGAAAGGGACGAAUACCCAGAUGGAACCGUGAAGCUGAGGAACCCGAACAUCGAGCUGAUGGACCAGGACAUCCUGUACCAUCUGGCGUUGGGAAGUGAAUCGCACGAUCUCGUCGAGAUGUUCGGCGACGUCAAGUUCGUGUGCAUGGGCGGAACACCGAAACGGAUGCAGGACUUUGCCGAUUACAUCAUGAAGGAGAUUGGUUACAAGUUGCCGACGGGGACGACCCUCCAGGACAUCAGCCGGUACUCGUACAGGUACAGCAUGUACAAAGUGGGACCUGUCCUCUCGAUCAGCCACGGCAUGGGUGUUCCGUCGAUUAGCAUCCUGCUGCACGAGAUGAUCAAGCUGAUGUACCACGCGAAGGCCAAGGACCCGGUGUUCAUCAGAAUCGGAACGUGCGGCGGAGUCGGCGUCGACGGCGGCACCGUCGUCAUCUCCGACGGCGCCUACGAUCCGCUCCUCAACAACUACUACGAAGUGCCCGUGCUUGGAAAACUGACGAGCAGACCGGCGAUCCUCGACAAGAAGGUGAUCAGAGAGCUGAAGGCGUUGGCGGACGUCGAGGAUCCGUACGAGACGGUGACCGGAAAAACGAUGUGCACCUCCGACUUUUACGAAGGUCAGGGACGAUUGGAUGGAGCUUUCUGCGAGUACACGGAAACCGAGAAGCUCAAGUAUCUGGAGCACCUGAAGGAGUUCGGCAUCGUGAACAUCGAGAUGGAGUGCGUCCCGUUCGCCGCGUUGACCCAUCACGCCGGCAUCAAGGCGGCGAUCGUGUGCGUCGCGCUGCUCGAUCGAUUCAACGGGGAUCAAGUGUCCACGCCGAAGGAGGUGCUGAACGAGUGGCAGGUGCGACCGCAGAAGCUCGUCGCCAAGUACAUCAAACGACAUCUGCAGAUGAAGGGAAAGUUUUCGCUGGACGGGCACGGAUCGAUGGCCGUCAAGAGUCCGAGACGUUUCAAGCUUGUCCAGCAGGAAUCGCAGACAUUCGAGUAAAAAGAAAAAAA